AUGCCCCGCUCCUUCCUGGUGAAGAAGCUGAAGGCGGAGGCGUUCCCGGCCGCCGGGGCCCCCGCGCCCCCCUACGCCCCCCUGGAGCCCCCCUACGCGCUGCCCGGCCCCGCCGCCGGCGAUGGGUACCUGCAGCACUGCCUGGCGCCGGCCGGCUAUGACACCGACAAGAAGCAGGGGCUGCCGCCGCCGCCGCCGGACGCAGCCUACGCUCCGGGCCACGAGGAGUACAGCGACCCGGAGAGCCCCCAGUCCAGCUUCUCCGCCCGCUACUUCAACGGGGAGGCGGCGGUGACGGACAGCUACUCCAUGGAUGCCUUCUUCAUCACGGACGGGCGGUCGCGCCGGCGCAGCGAGAGCCAGCGCCGCGGCAGCCACCGUCACUCCUGCCCCGAGUGCGGCAAGACCUACGCCACCUCCUCCAACCUCAGCCGGCACAAGCAGACCCACCGCAGCCUGGACAGCAAGAUGGCGAGGAAAUGCCCCACGUGCGGCAAGGCUUACGUGUCCAUGCCCGCCCUGGCCAUGCACGUCCUCACCCACAACCUCAAGCACAAGUGCGACGUGUGCGGCAAAGCCUUCAGCCGGCCCUGGCUGCUGCAGGGCCACAUGCGCUCGCACACCGGGGAGAAGCCCUUCGGCUGCUCCCACUGCGGCAAAGCCUUCGCCGACCGCUCCAACCUGCGCGCCCACAUGCAGACCCACUCCGCCUUCAAGCACUACAAGUGCAAGCAGUGCGAGAAGACCUUCGCCCUCAAGUCGUACCUCAACAAGCACUACGAGUCCGCCUGCUUCAAGGGCUCCGAACACAGCUGUGCAAUAGGGAACUAGCUCCCAGCCCGCUGUGGCACAUCCCCAGCCCUAUUGCCGUCCCCAGCCCCAGCCCGUUCCCCAUGCCAGCGCUCCUGCAGCUCCAGCCAGCCGUUUUGUGGCUGUGCCGUGGCUGGAGGACACAUUCCCGCUCCCCUCCUGGGAGGAGGGAGCCCCAGCAUGUCCUGGGAAGGGCCCAGAUGCCUCCGGGCCCUCAAUGGGACCCAGCUCCUUGCCCGCAGGUCCCCGAGCCCCCCUGCAGCCAGGCAGGUCUCUCUGCAGGGGACUCGCCCGGGGAUCUCUUCCAGACCCAGGAGAGACUUUCCUCUCCCAGCC